GCUUUACGAACGCAAGGUAUCCAACGAUGUCAGAACAUAAAGAGGUCAAAGUUGGCGGGGAGAAGAACGGCCAGACGCGCUUAGUGCCGACCAAGAAAGCCCCUCGCUUCUACCCUGCUGAGGACGUUCGUCAGCCAAAGAAAACGCGCAAGAUCGCUAAGCCUACCGCCCUUCGCCCCAAGAUCACCCCGGGCACUAUUCUCAUCCUCCUCGCCGGUCGUUUCAGAGGGAAGCGUGUCGUUUUCCUGAAGCAGCUCGAGUCCGGCCUGCUGCUCGUCACCGGCCCCUACAAAGUCAACGGUGUUCCCUUGCGGAGAGUCAAUCAAGCGUAUGCCAUUGCUACUUCGACCAAGGUGGACAUAUCUGGUAUCCAGAUUUCGGAGAAGCUAACCGAUGCGUACUUCUCCAAGGCCAAGGGCACUAAGUCGUUGUCCGCAGAGGAAGAAUUCUUUUCCGAAGGGAAGCCAAAGGCCAGGGAGGCAUACCCAGAGGAGAAGGUGAUUGAACAGAAGGAGUUAGAUACUGCCCUUCUAGCAGAGGUGAGGAAGACGGCCCACUUGGAAAAGUAUCUGAAGGCGUCAUGGGGUCUUCAAAAGGGUCAAUACGCUCAUGAGAUGGUUUUCUGAGUAUCAUAGGCAAUCUCUAGUCGUAUGAUUUAUGCCUUUGAUCAUCUGCAUCUCACAGAUGCGUUGAGUAUUGAGUGGCCAAAUUUGCAAUUCGAUCCAAC